ACCGACGAGAUUCCGGCUUGGCUCGGUGAGCUUUCAAGCCUUGCGAUUCUCAAGCUUAGCAAUAACUCCUUCUAUGGAAGAAUCCCACCAGAGCUUGGAGAUUGUAAAAGCUUGAUAUGGUUGGAUCUUAAUUCCAAUAACUUGAAUGGGGCUGUCCCUAACGUGCUGUUUAAACAAUCAGGUAAAAUUGCUGUCAAUUUCAUUGCGGGGAAAAGGUAUAUGUAUAUCAAGAAUGAUGGAAGCGCAGAGUGCCAUGGAUCUGGAAAUUUGCUCGAAUUUGCCGGAAUUCGAUCGGAACAAUUGGAUAGAAUUUCAACAAGGAACCCCUACGGCGGUCUUUCCCAUUCUGGCACUGGAAACUAACUGGAAGCUAACUAGUGCUCGGGAAGCAUUGAGCAUAAACCUUGCGACAUUCGAGAAGCCCUUACGACGGCUCACCUUUUCUGAUCUGCUUGAAGCCACUAAUGGCUUCCAUAACGACAACCUCGUCGGCUCUGGAGGCUUUGGUGAUGUAUACAAGACACAGCUGAAGGACGGGAGUGUUGUUGCGAUCAAGAAACUAAUACAU